AUGACUGCUGUGGCCCUUAUGAAGAUUCAUACCUUCUCCGAUUUGGUAAAUGAGGUGAGGGUGGUUGAGGAGUAUACAAGGACAGUAGCUGUGUCCAAGGACACUCAUGAAGGGAACACUAGUAAGAGACUUGGCAUGUAUUUUCAUCCGAGGGGUCAGAGUUUCAAGAGAGGAGGAUAUGUGCCUCAAGGUCAAGGAGGCUUCAGAAAGAACACUCAGAAUAAGUUUCAGUAUGCCAAAGGAAGAGGAAAUCAGAGUAAGAAUUCUCUGGAUUUGACUUGUGUGCAUUGUGGAUGUUUUCAUCCAUAUGACUCUUGCAAGAUUGGUUUAGGUGGUUGCUUUAACUAUGGAUUUCUGGAUCACAUUACGAGAUAUUGCACUCGUGGGAAGAACUCGAAUGCGAGUCAGAGUCAGCACCAAGGGCGAGUAUUUGCUGUGAACGCCAAAGAUGCCACUAAGGCGAAUCCUCUUAUGAGAGUUGAGGAACUAGGCCUGAAAGUGUCAGAGUUAGCAUUUGAAUUGCAUGUACAUACUCCGCAUCAGACGGUGGUGACUAGGUCAGGUUGUAGGCAAGUAGGAUUCAAACUUGAGGAUAGAGACUUUGUACAUGAUUUGAUUUGUUUACUAAUGGUUGGAUUUGACAUGAUUUUGGGGUUUCAUUGGUUGUCGAAGAAUCGGGUUUUGUUGGAUUGCUUCGAGCGGUCAAUUCAGUUUAUGCUGGAAGGAGAAAAUAGAGCAGUGGUAGCUGAGGGUUAUUACCUGAACUCUUUAGAUCAAAUUCCGAUAGUUAGAGACUUUUCGAAAGUGUUCUCGGAGGAUAUUCCCGAGUUCCCACCUCAAAGGGAGAUCGAAUUUGCGAUUGAAUUAGUGCCGGGAGCCAGACCAGUGUUGAUUGUACCAUAUAGAAUGGCCCCAAUAGAGCUGGCUGAAUUAAAGACUCAGUUGGAAGAGCUUCUAAACAAGAGAUUCAUUCGACCGAGUGUAUCACCGUGGGAAGCACCAGUUUUAUUGGUGGAAAAGAAGGAUGGAGGAAUGCCACUUUGUGUGGAUUACCGACAGUUGAACAAAGUGAUUGUGAAGAACAAGUACCCGCUGCCAAGGAUAGAUGAUUUAAUGAAUCAACUGCAAGGAGCUGACGUGUUUUCAUAG